AUGAACACGCGCGCAAAAACCGCUGGCCUUAUAAAAGAAUUUUUCUCUUCCUCUAAUUAUGCCGUCGUAGGUGCUUCAACAGAUCCCUCAAAAUACGGCAAUAAGAAGGAAACAGAAAUUGAGGGACUAAGUUGUGUUCCAAACUUAUCUUCGUUACCAAACUUUGAACCUAAUAAUACGUCUGUUUCGAUAAUAACACAGCCAAAUGUAUCAAAGGAUUUGGGGAUUACUCGUAUAUGGCUUCAACCAGGGGCUGAAAACAUUGAAUGUCAAGAAUAUGCAAGUAAAGUUGGAUUGCAAAUAAUUAGUGGUGGUCCUUGUGUUUUGGUUAAUGGGGUUAAACUUUAG